AUGGGCUGGGAUGCAGGAGAGCAGAACGGAACCGAGGGACAGAACUUCUACAUCCCGAUGUCCAACCGGACAGGGAUUGUUAGAAGCCCCUACGAGUACCCUCAGUUCUACAUGGUCGACCCGAUCAUGUACAAGAUUCUAGCUUUUUAUAUGUUCUUCCUGAUCUGCACUGGAACUCCCAUUAAUGGCUUGACGUUGUACGUCACGGCGACCAACAAGAAACUCCGCCAACCUCUCAACUUCAUCCUGGUGAACCUGGCGGUGGCCGGACUCAUCAUGUGCGCCUUUGGCUUCACCAUCACCCUCAAUUCCAGCUUCUAUGGCUAUUUCGUUCUUGGACCCACCUUCUGUGCCAUUGAGGGGUUUAUGGCCACACUUGGAGGUCAAAUUGCUCUGUGGUCGCUGGUUGUUCUGGCCGUUGAGAGGUACAUCGUGGUCUGCAAACCCAUGGGGAGCUUCAAAUUCACUGGAACUCAUGCCGGAGCCGGGGUGCUUUUCACCUGGGUGAUGGCUCUCUCUUGUGCUGCUCCUCCACUCGUUGGCUGGUCCAGGUACAUCCCUGAAGGCAUGCAAUGCUCCUGCGGUCCUGACUACUACACUCUGGCUCCAGGCUUCAACAAUGAGUCCUACGUCAUGUACAUGUUCUGCGUUCACUUCUGCAUUCCGGUUUUCCUCAUUUUCUUCACGUAUGGAAGCCUGGUGUUGACAGUCAAAGCUGCAGCAGCUCAGCAGCAGGACUCAGCUUCUACCCAGAAGGCAGAGAAGGAAGUGACACGUAUGUGUUUGCUGAUGGUCCUCGGCUUCCUGGUGGCCUGGGUUCCGUACGCCAGCUUUGCUGCUUGGAUUUUCCUGAACAAAGGAGCUUCCUUCACUGCUCUGACCGCCUCCAUCCCUGCUUUCUUUGCUAAGAGCUCAGCUUUGUACAACGCUGUCAUCUAUGUGCUGCUCAACAAACAGUUCCGUAACUGCAUGCUGGCGGCCAUCGGAAUGGGCGGCAUGGUGGAGGAUGAGACCUCAGUGUCAACAAGCAAGACAGAAGUCUCAACCGCAGCUUAAGGACCACAUGUCUUAAUCACAACAACCUCUUUAAGUCUGAC